UAUUACUCUAGAAAACCCCAAUAUAUAGAGAUUGCUUAGCUCCAUAGGUCUCCUCGUUUACCUUUCCCCAAAUCCCAAUUCCCUCACGCUAAAUAAAUAGUAAUCCCAACACUCCAAAAUUCCAAAUACCCUUUUCUUUUCAAUUUCUGUGUGUGUGUGAGAUAUACGCAGUGGGAAAAACAAGGUCAGUGCUUCUCUUUCUCUCUCUCUCUCUCUGAUUUACAACAGCAGAGAAGCAUAGAUGAAUAAAGAAGAGAAUUUGAGGAAACAAAAAGAUAACAAGUUAUUGGAGAUGGGUUUCAAGUCAGUUUACAAAUGCUUACAGGAGAUAUUUCCAAAGGUUGAUUCUCGCUUGCUGAGGGCUGUAGCUAUUGAAAAUUCCAAGGAUGCUGAUCAAGCUGUGGAUGUUGUUCUUAAGGAGAUAAUCCCUUAUUUGUCCAGUCAGUUUGGUGGUCCUGUUAAUCCUCAUGAAGAUUUUUUGACUAGUGUUAGUCCUCCUGAGGAUAAUGAAGUUGAAUCUGAGGACCAGGUUGUCUUGUUGAGACAGCAGCAGCGGACAGUUGACAAAGCAGAUGUGGGGCUGUCUUCAGAACUACGUUCAAUUGCUAGUGAUGAUGCCAAGGUAACUGAGGAUAUAGGUGGGGCACUUCAUGUGGACUCAACAACUUUGGUUGAAGUGCAGAAUGAUUCUAUGGAUUUAGAUUUCUAUGAUGCAAAUGAUGGUAAUGAUCAAUCAUGUGGCCAUACUGAGAAUGAGGAAGUGAUUUUAAUUGGGAUGACUCAUGAAAACAGUGCCAAAGUGGGGUUGAAUGAGAUGGUCCAUGUCACAUCAAGUGCUUUGUUGGAUGAAGGAAACAAUGACCAGAAACACUGUUGUGAAAAUACUGAAAGUGAUGAACUGAUUACUUGGGGAGCUUGGAAAGAAAAUCAUAUCAAAGUUGGGUCAGAGCAGACCCACCCUGGCAUGACAACUGCUUUGAUAAAUGAAAAAGAUGGUGUCAGAGGUCUUGACGUUCCUGUGGCUGAUGACUUGGAUGUGGUUAUUUGUCUAAAAAGUGAUGAAGAAGAAUCAUGUUUAGAUAGCACUAAGGUGAGGAUGCCUAUGGCUCAGCUCUUUACUUCAUCUGUUGAAGAAAAGUCAUCAGUUUCUUCAGUAUGUGUUAAGGCAAAAAUUGGUUCUGAACCUUCUGUUACUGAGUGCCAUGCACAAGUGUCCAGUGGUUCUGCUGAUGUUACUUCCAAGCAAGACUAUUUUGUUGGUGACAUGAGUGAUAUUGAGGAUGAGCCUACAACUGGCACUGUUGUUACCCGAUCUGGCCAAGUAUGUAAUCUUGAUCUUCUUGAAGAGAUCAUUGAAGAUGCCAAAAAUAACAAGAAAACCUUGUUUUCAGCUAUGGAGAGAGUUAUCAACAUGAUGAGAGAAGUGGAACUUCAGGAGAAAGCUGCCGAAGAAGCCAAACAGGAAGCUUCUAGAGGUGGACUGAAUAUUCUGGUCGAGGUGGAGGAUCUGAAACAGACGUUGGUGCAUGCAAAGGAAGCAAAUAACAUGCAUGCGGGAGAAGUGUAUGGAGAGAAGUCGAUUUUAGCGACUGAAGUGAGGGAACUUCAAUCUCGCGUACUCAGCUUGGCUGAUGAAAGGGACAAAUCCCUUGCAAUUCUCAAUGAGAUGCACCAAAGCCUAGAAGCACGAUUAUCUAUCGCAGAAGAGAUGAGGAAAGCAGCUGAGCAGGAAAGGCUAGAUAAAGAAAAAUCUGCACGAAAAGCUCUUGCCGAACAAAAUGCUAUAAUGGAGAAGGUGCUUCAGGAGUCAAAGAUACUAAAAGAGGAGGCAGAGGAGAAUUCCAAGUUGCGGGAGUUUCUAAUAGACCGUGGUCACAUUGUUGAUAUGUUGCAAGGAGAAAUUUCUGUUAUUUGUCAGGAUGUGAGUCUACUGAAAGAGAAGUUUGACGACCGUGUUCCAUUAAGCAAAUCUGUUUCCUCAAGCCAGACUAGUUGCAUCUUAGCUGCUUCUGGCACAUCUGUGAAAAGCAUUGUAUCUGGUCUGGUUCCUGAGGGCACUUUAGCUUCUUCAGGCUCAUCUGUGAAAAGCAUGGAAUCUGAUAUGGUUUCUGAGCACAGUUUAGCUUCUUCAGGUUCAUCCCUUAAAAGCGAGGCACCUGUUUUGGUUACUGAGCAAGGGAAGUCAUCUGAGACGCCAAAGAGGACAAGCCCAACACCCUCUGUUGACAGCCUAUCACCAAAAAGUAGACCUGAAGUGGAAGGAACCAAAGCUGAUCACCAAGCACUUUUGGAUGAUGGGUGGGAUUUUUUUGACAAAGAUGCAGAAUUCGACAUCUGAGGUGCAUAUAUUGUGAAUAUGGCAGAAUAAAAUUCAUAGGAGUCCUUUUUAUGAGUUGUAGUGAUCAGCUGUCUACCUUUAUUUCAUUUCAUUUGCUAGUUAGGAUUUUAAUAUUAGCACCGCUGGUUCUAUACAUUAUGAUAUAUGGUAAACUGGAUGCUGAUUACUAUCUCCAGAUUCUAUUUUGUACAGUGCAUAUCUUGAACAAUAAUUGGAGAAUUCUAUGCAGAAUCUGUAUGCAAGGUUUUUUUUUAAUAAUAUGAGCCAUACGUGUA